AAUCAUCGAAAAGCCUUAAUCAAAUCAUCCAAAAUCCUUAUACAAAAUAUCCAGAAGCUCUUUAAGCCUCAAACAAAUAAUCAAAUUAAAUUCAACAAUGGAAUUCCGCAAGUUUUUGAUCGCAUUUUUUAUCGUCGGCAUGAUUACAAACUUAUCAGUAGCCAAGCCACUUGAAGGAGAAGAUCAAGAAAAGCCAAUGAUUGAAGUUGACAAUAAAGAAGUAACAACAGAUGUAACUGAUGUCACUGUUGCUCCAGACGUGCCAAAUGCUUCUUCGCCUGUUGUAACCCAGCCAUCUGUAACUCAGGGACCAUCAAUUGAAACAACACCUAAGGCAAUUGAAGAAUCUGGUGCUGAAGGUGAAGGUGCCAAAGGAUCAGCACCAUCGUUCAUGCAAAUGAAGCUCAUUCCAUUCAUAUCAGUUGCUUUGUUGUAUGCAACAAUGUCAAAAGUGAUCAGCAUCUAAGUUUUGGUUGUUAAAGUUUCAAAAUUUACCGUGUUUUGUUCAUGCUGAAUUGGAAUAAUAAAAUAAAUGAAGUACAAAAAUAAGCUUUAAUAAAU